UUGAGGCUGGUUGGAUAAUUAUUGACGUGAGGAAUAAUAUGAAUUUAUGUGGCUGUGAAUAUACUUUGUCUUUGUGAGUGUGAAAAUGUGAGUGUGUGUCUGUGUGUGCGCGCGCGCGCUGGGACCCCACUUGACAAAUCGACAUUGUCCAGAGGAGCAUUAGUGAAAAAAAAACAGUGUAGCCCUGAGACAAUAGGAUGAUGUCACGACCACUGAGCACGGCCUGCAGGGGGCGCAAGGAUUCACUUCUUUCUUGGACACUGGCGGGUGUGGGCACGUUAAUUCUGCUCCUAGCAAUUGCGUUGGCCGUCAGUAGAAGAGCGUAGCUUCGGUGGGGUUCCGUCUGCCUCUGAUGGGGUGUGGAUAUGUGGUUCGUCACUGGUGAAUGGUGUGUGACGAUUGUGGUGGAUUUUGUGACGAACGGAUUUACAAUGAGGGAAUGCGGUGAACGUGAAAAAUGAUGAGCUGUCCUAACCUGCCCAGACAUGUCAUGAUGACGUCACAGCUGACGUCACAGGAUGUCCGGAACUUGUGGUCAUAGCUGUGAUGCUUUGCAACCUGCCUCUGUGUUCCGUCGCCCGGCGAUGGUCAGCGGCCGUUCCGGACCGCUUUCUUCAAGAUGGCGUCGUUGAUCUUCAAUUAAACUUCUUCUCUCCACUCUAUCUCUAUCUAUUUUUUUUUCUUUUUUAUAGACUCUCGUAGUGCACAACCCUCAGCUGGUCUGGACAUGAGUUAGAUGCUCCUUAAUUAGUGUGGUGGCUCCCUGGAGGAUGCUGAUUAAUGUGGGAAGUCCCAAUUAGCUCUAAUUGCUAAUUAAAUCGUGUUCAGGCCAGCUGAGCGUUGUGCACUAUGAGAGUCCAUCCCCUACUACUAGUGAUCAGUCCAUGGAUUAAUUUUUCCAACCUGGGGGUUCUUUAAAGGAACAGUCGCAUCAGGUCUAGUCGAUUUCGAAACUAGGACGUCAUUUUACGUGUCCGGACUGUUUAACAGGGCCUGUCCUCUCAGUCCUCCUUCAAUGUACUUCAUAUCAUACAAUAUAAAUAUAAAAAAUAUUAAAUCUAAAAUUUUAUUCCUCGUUGACCACUGACCACCAUAUCGAAAAUCUCACGCGAAAUAGUGGCACACUUUGACUGCUUUUCAGUGGAAUACACGACAAGAGCAGACGCCGGAUGUUGAGAGUAUGUCAGAAUUCCCUCUCUGGAAAAAGGCUAAAACGUCAUUCCCUACACCACCAAUCAGAGCACAGCCUUCAAGGAGCAUUAAAGUGGUAUCUAACAUGGCCAAAAACAGCUGUCAUCUUGUAAAGCAGUAUGUGAAAAGCAUUCCCACAAAAUAUUUCUGUCCAAAGUUGUUUCGCCACGGUGCAAUUAAUUUGGAAAAUCGCUGCCGCGGUGACAGGCCGGAGCGCUCCAACUGCAGACCACACCCACUCUAUUGUGACGUUGGUGGUGGAGAGCCCCUCAUUCGUUCGUAGGAAAAACAGUCUGCUACAAACAUUGCUAGCUGUUUCUUGUUGACUUCUAUUCUUUAUAUGAUUUAUAUCACGUUUUCUAAAAAAACAGAGCGUGCAGCCUGAGAAAAUAAGAUUACGAUCACAAGAGUAAUAUAUCUGUGGCUUCUGUUCAAGCGAUGGCGGCGGUAUUGUGGCGCCACCUGUUAGCCACUCAACCAACUGCGCGGUGAAAACGGUCGGACAGGCUGCACACUGUCAGGAAGCACGUGGUUUUCGCUGUACAAGCGCAGUUAAUUUCGGGCUGCACCAUUCGUUCUUCCCGUGGUGUCUGCGGUCCCAAAAAAUCGUGGUUGUGUCGUGGACAGCCUUCAAACCCUCCGUUUCCGACAUCACGUAGCCGGAGAACGCAUGGCGUCUCCGAAGCGGUAGCAGACCUAGCGGUAGCAGAGCGGUAGUAGGCCUGCGCGAUGUUGCUCACCUCGAUCAUGUGAUCCUAGGUCCAAUGAGGAGCGUCCUUACCACUUGCGUCACAUAGUGACGUGCGUGGUGGCGCUCAUCACGUGCCUAUCGUGAAGGCAAAGGGGGUGUUUCGUGCACGGGAGGUUCGGGGAGCUAUUGCAGGCGUCCCAAUUUCGCUACGGUUGCACUAAUUGUGGGAAAACUGUUUUCGGCCGCCUAACAUUCCAUACUGACUCCUCUGCUCCUCUAGACUGCUCCUUUAAGAAGAGGGAUGCCGCGGCGGCGGUGCGGGCGUGUGACCGCGGCGCCUCUCUCCACUGAGCGCCGCCUUCUCACUCCUCCCGUUAGGGAGUGACGUCACGCUGAUCUCUUGUCGCCGGAUGCUCUGCAGCUGCGAAGCAGCCAUGACCUUUAAAAUUCGUUUGUUUAAUACGUAUAUAUCUAUAAGCACUCUUCGGACGAAAAAAAUUAGAGACAAGUAGAUUGUCAGUUGGUGCCGAACAUAGUGGUAUCUGCUUCAUAAUGGGUGUCUGGGUGAGACUUUAUUCUUUAUUUGACUGUCCCUUUAACGUGCGCCGAAAGCUCAACACACUGUAGUUCAUGUUCUUUACGGAAGACGGCGUGUCUAAAAGCAACUUGUACCGUGGUGGACAGAGGUUUACGGAGCACGCUCCGGCGCAUUCCUUCCUCACAUUGAUACCCUAGCAGCGAAUGGAACCCAGUCAUCUAUUUGCAAGUCCGCACGGUACCAUUCGCUGCUAACCUAUCACUCUGACGGAGGAAUUAAUGCGCGGGAGCGUGUUCUGUAAGCUUUUGUCCCGCACUGUACCUUGCCACCAAGUUGACGGCGUCCUCGGUCGGCUACGAAGCCAUAACCUUGAGAUGGUGGUGGUGGUGAUGGUGAAAGGACUCGCCGUUGUCGGCCUCACAGAGGUUGACAUCAUGACUGACGCCGUAACCUUGAGAUCAGUAGGCGAAAAAGCUACCGGCUUAUCCAAGAAGGCCGGUACUUGUUUUAUCUUCUUUUUCUUUUUCGGUGGGGGGAUAUGUUUAUUAAGAAAAUUUUCGGUGGGAAUGUAUAUGGUAGCUUUACGUUGCGAGAGAGCUAUGACCAUGAGCACCAACACAGUGGUCAUCCAAUAGAGAGUUCUUUAUCCUCCCUCGCGGUAGACGACGUACCUGAACUCCUUGUACCACGCCACUAUGUUGCUGACCCUCGGUUGAUUCAAAACAGCAAUUUUGAGGUGUACUGUUCUCGAGAAGUGUAGCUACGGCCUCGAUGAUGAGGAAGCCGAUAGAGCUCGCAGCUGGCACAUUUUCCACGAAUUAUAAUGUUUCUGACCAUACUGUUACCGAUUGUGCACCGCUAUAUGAAUGUCGCUUUGUUUACACUUUGCCCGAACUUGUAUUCUCAGCAGAUGACCCGAAGUCAGGAAGCAUACCAGAAGAGCACUCGUGUCGAAGUAAGUACUGAGAUCAAAAAUGGACGGAGCAAAGAAUUUCACUGGACACGAAGAUCGGCGAUCAUUUUGGGAACCUUCGGAUUCGUUGGCGUUCUUCAAGGUUCCUGUUAUUCCUUGCUGGCACCAUUUUUUCCAUUGGUGGCUGAGCAAAAGGGCAAUAGUGCCUGGCAGUUUGGACUCGUGUUCGGAAUCUACCAACUAAUAGUUUUUCUCACAGCUCCUAUCCACGGAAAGUUGCUUUCUUCGCACGUCCCAGCGAAGGUAAUGCUCUGUACUGGCAUGUUCGUCGAUGGCGCGUGCUGCUGCCUUAUGGGAUCGCUUGUCCUGUCUCCUCCUGGCGAGACAUUCUUCGGGCUGGCGAUGUCGAUACGUAUCGUAGAAUCGCUUGGAUUUACCGCGACGCUCACUUGUUGUUACGCCGUCGUCUGUGCAGAAUAUCCUAAUCACAUCGAAGUGGCGGUCCCCCUGACGGAACUUGCUUUUGGAUUGGGACUUAUCGUAGGUCCCUCCCUUGGUGGAGUUCUUUAUCAGUUCGGAGGUUUUGUCCUUCCAUUUGUGCUCGUUGGGUCUCUUCUCGUUGCUGCAUCUUUUGUAACAGUGCUGAUCUUCCCAGAUAUAGAGACACCCCACGAAGAUUCCGCGGUAUCUAUGAGAGAUGUUUGCGACUGGCGGGUCUUCGUCAACUUGCUCAUGGUUGUGGCCUGCUUCAUAACCCUCGGUUUCAACGAAGCCACAUUGGCUAUCCACUUGCAGCAGUUUCUUCUUCCGCCAUCUCUAGCUGGUCUUAUUUUCAUGCUUGGAGGUGGGACGUACGCUCUGUCUUCCUUUGCCUUUGGACAAGCAUGCAAGCACAUAGCCGACCCUCGAUAUGUUUGUCUGUUAGGUGGAAUCUCAAUGCUGACGUGCUUUGCUGUGAUCGGACCCCCGCCGUUUUUCAACUUUGCACCAACCGUUACCAUCAUCUGCAUUAGCCAACUUCUGCUCGGAAUAGGCGUCGCUUCGUACUACAUUGGCACCUUCAUGCAUGCCAUCAAACACGCGGUCGACUACAAGGGUCUGCCCAACAAUCUGUCUACGUUUGCAAUUCUCUCUGGCUUGUUCUCAUCGUCGUUUUCCCUAGGGCUAUUUAUUGGUCCAAUUAUCGGUGGAGCUCUCCUGGACCGCUUCGGUUAUGCUUGGUCUUCCACUUUUGUAUUUGGAUUACAAGCUGUUGUGAUGGUCAUGUUGGUGUUCACGCUCAUCUGCGAGAACGUUUACCAGAGACGUGAAGAUGAAACAAGACAUUUACUAAAACAUAAGCCCAGUUAUCAGACGUAAUACCAGGCUCAAUUUAAAUUAUCUUAACUUAUUUGAGUCGCAUUAGUAUAUCAUGCUCGAUUAAUGCCGACAUGCUUUGUUUUUUCACGACCCCAUACCCUAAUUUACGAGAGUGUAAUUAAAUACAUCUGUGUAAUAACGCA